GAAGGGAGGACAGAGGCCCGGGAGAACCAGAGACCAACGCCCGUGUCCCGCCUCUGGGUCCUGCGCCUUUAAGAACUCCUCCUCUGAGCAGUGCCCACCGAGGGGAGGGCGGUGCUGCCCCCUCCGAGGCGCCUUCAGUCUUCCCCCGAGCAUGGGCUGGGCUGCGGAGCCUUAAGCGGCGGCCGGGGGUCCCGUGCGCCUGGAGAGCGCACUCCCGCCGCGAUUCCCGCGGAGAGCUGCUUUGGCGGACUCCAGGCGUCCAGAGGGCGGCAAGCCAGGUUCGUUCCUCUCCCAGCCUGCCCUCUCUGCCAUGGCUCCCCCGUGGCCCCCCAACGGGACGUGGCCGGGGGCGGCGGAGCAAGCGGGGUUGGGGGGCAACGGCACCAACUGCUCUGGGACGGAAACCAGCCUCGGCCGGCAGGGGGCCCUCGGAGCUGCCCUCAGCCUGGCCGUGCUGGUGACGGUGGCCGGCAACCUGCUGGUGGUGGUGGCCAUUGCUAAGACCCCCCGCCUGCAGACCAUGACGAACAUCUUCAUCACUUCUCUAGCCUGCGCUGACCUCAUCAUGGGGCUUUUGGUAGUGCCUCCAGGGGCCACCCUGGUUCUGAGCGGCCACUGGUUGUAUGGCACGACCGUCUGUGAGCUGUGGACCUCGCUGGAUGUGCUGUGUGUGACGGCCAGCAUCGAGACCCUGUGUGCCAUUGCUGUGGACAGAUACUUGGCUAUCACAGCCCCGCUGAAGUAUGAGAUGCUGAUGACCAAGAGCCGAGCACGGGGAGUGGUCUGCCUGGUAUGGGCUGUGGCUGCCUUCAUCUCCUUCUUGCCCAUCAUGAACCACUGGUGGCGGGAUGGGGCGGAUGUGGAAGCCCUGCGCUGUUACAAGGAUCCUCUGUGCUGUGACUUUGUCACCAACAUGCCCUAUGCCAUCUUGUCUUCUAUCAUCUCUUUCUAUGUGCCUCUGUUGGUCAUGAUUUUUGUCUACGCCCGGGUCUUUGCCAUCGCUACCAGGCAACUUCAUGUCAUUGAAAAGGACAAGGGGAGGUUCCUUCAGGAUGCAUCCAAAGGCUUCCGGCGUAGGAGGCCCUCCCGUCUCCUGCUUGCCAUCAAAGAGCACAAAGCCCUGAAGACUUUGGGCAUCAUCAUUGGUGUCUUCACUCUCUGUUGGUUGCCCUUCUUUGUGGCCAACAUCAUCAAGGUCUUUGCAAGAUCCUUCGUCCCUGACCCGCUUUUUCGCUUCUUCAACUGGCUGGGCUAUGUCAACUCAGCUUUCAACCCCAUCAUCUACUGCCGCAGUCCUGACUUCAGGUGUGCCUUCAAAAAACUCUUGUGUUGCCCAAGGAGACCUGAUUCCCAGCUUCAUGCUUUCUCCAAGGACCUGCAGAGAUGCCUCUGUGCCUUCAGCUCCGGGGAGAGCAAAUCCAUUGCUACAGUUUCCAGAGAGGAGGAAGAGGAGGAGGAAGAAGAGGAGGACUUGGCUACUGGUAGCACUAGCAGUGGCUCCAGUAACAGGACCGAGGAAACAAAGCAUUUGUAUCUGCCCAGCAAUGGGCACAGUUGUACACAGCGUCUCCUGGGGGAAGCCCAGCUCCAAGGCACCCAGAUCACUUUGUGUCCACAGCUGGAAGAGUAGGUGUUGGGAAUGGUAGUGGGGAUAGAAAGAGACCUGACUAGAGAGUGAAUGGCAUCUGGAGGGGGGGGCAAGAAGAGUCCAAAAUUGUUUUCUGGAAGGGUCUACAUUUCUUCUCCUCUAAUGUGCUACAAAGAAACUGGAAGGGUUAUGAAAAUAUUUCCUAUCAGAAUCCUUUACUUGUUUGCUUUGGAAGCAAAGUCAUAACUAUUUUCACUGAGUCUUGCUCUCUAAUAAGUGUGUUCAGAAGAGGAUUUGCAACUACCGUAGUAAUGACCAAUGACUCCUGUGGUAGCUAUUUCAGUUACUGGACUGUUAACAGAGCUGGUUAUAACUCAGGUGCAAAACAUACCUUGUAUGCUUGAGUCAGAAUCAAGUGACAGGGAGUAGGACAUCCUGAGGUUAUCAGAACUGGGCUGCAGAAUUCCAGAUGCCUACUAGAAGCUCAAAAGAGAUGCAGAAACCCCAACUCUUUGCUGCUAUGCAGUCAGGUUUUUCUUUUAUUUUUAUAGCAGAGUUAUGACAACAUUAGGAAAUCUUUCCUUUUUACCAUUAGCAGCCAGUCAGUGCUGAUGAUGCUGGCUUAGGUAGAUAAUCUAACCCACUAUAUAGUUGCUUUCGUUACUGUGUCUCUGUUGCCGCUGCAAACUCUUAUUUGAUUUCCUUUUCAGAAAUGGACUGAUAGCUUUCAGACACUGAACAGGAGCUCAUUUUUCAGUUUCUCCUUUUCCAGGUGACAUAUUGACGAGUUAAGAAGCUCAUCUCCAGAAAUGGCCAUCCCUCUUUGUGGCUUCUGCAGGAAAAAUAUCCCAACAAUUCCAAAUCCAAAUAUCCUAGCCAUAAAACAUAGGGGCAUCACAUUGCUCUAGUCUAGCUUGAAGGUUGCUCCUGUCAGGCAGUAUUUCUGAUGUGUGGGGAAUGUUAAAUGAAGACACACUAGUCUUUUCUCAUGUGUUGCAUUGACAUUUGUUUUUGAUUUAAAUGCUGGAGUUUGGCUUAACCUGCUAAGCACUAUAUCCAAGAGAAAGAUCAAUUUGGCUCCACUUGGGUGGUGAUCAUUUUGGUGGACCAUGAGAGCAGAAGGGCAAGGGAGAAUUGGGGGAACAACUGGAGUGGGUUGAGGGAGGCAGAUGGCAGCAGACACGAAGGUUAGCAUAAGGGAGAGUUGUGCCAGGCGCAAAGAAUCAGAAGUUGCAAUUCAGAAGAUUUAUUGCUCAAGCCUAUACGUAAGAAUCUAGUCACUAAACUAAAGCUCAGUACUAAAUUGGCAUCAGAUAAAGGUCAAUGGAAUUCAAGAGGGCUUGGACUAGGAGUAUUUGUGAGAAUUUAAUGACUCUAAGCUGAUGAAGCACUUAACUCCGACCCCCAGCUCUGCCUUCUCUUCUCCUACAAGUUGGGGGAAGGCUAGAAUGGGUUGGGGGAGGCAGGUGGCAGCAGACGUGAAGAUUGUCAUACCUCAGCCUUCUCCAGCUGUUACCCUCCAGAUGUAUGUAAAGUUCUUGUUGUUACUAUUGGGCUGCAUUGCCAGUGACCCUGUCCUUUAAAAACAACCCAUUCAUUUAACAGACUGAAUCUUGAAAGGAAAACCUUAUCAGAAGAGGAAGGGAGGAAUAUAUUUUAUUUGUCUUUAUUUCAUUACUAGCAGCUGUAAACCUCCUACCAAGUGACAAAUAUCAAGCUAGACGAUAGGGUCAAGUCUUAGUAGACAAUUCAUACUCUGGACUCCCAACAUCCCUUUUUCUUUCCAAGGGCAAAACCUCCAAUAACCUGGGAUAUAGAUGGCAGUGUGCCAUCAACGUUUACCUUUCUCCCCCUUUACCUUUACCCCCUUCUAGGAAACACUCCCCCCACCCCGCUAAUUUGGGUGAACAGGCUUCUCCAGAGACAGGGUCAUACAGCUUGUGAAAUUCUCAGCAACCUAGCAGCUUUGGAGGUAGCAGGUUGGGGAAGACUGAUUCAUAACAGAGUGUCCGAGAGGGAUGUUUGGAACCUAUAUUUUUCUGGAAGGAAGAAUAGCUUGCCACAUCUUUGCCUUAGAUGCAGAUAACUAGUUGUGCUGUUCCUCCACCCCACUGUGGGGAGAUGGAGAAGUGACCUACUACAGCUGUCAGUCUUGGCUGCUUUUCCAUCUUCCUUCACUGCCAAACCAGAUUGGGAAGAAGAAAAUCCAAGUUUCCCUUGCAGCUUCUGUUCACAGCAAGCUACUAUGAUGUUUCUCAAAGGCAGCUGCUGCUUAGCUCAGCCUAGUAGCCAACAGACUCCUUGCAUUUUGCUCCUUUUUCUGGAUGGGCAAAUGUUGGUCAUUGAUUGGAAAAUAAAAUGUGUGUCUGUCUGCUUUUAUUUUAUGUGCAGCAGAAGGUGGUGGCUGAAGUUGCCUUAAACUGUUGCACCCUGGGUGUUCUCAUAUUCAGUCUGCUAGCCAGCCAUAUGCCCUCUUUCAGGAUACUCUAAUCCUUUCUAGUUUCCCUUUGAUUGUUCUGAUCUGUCAUCCCUAGCAUUCAAUUAGUAUCCCACUGUCAUUGCUUAUCCCUUCACUUGCUUGAUGAAUUUACAGCCAAAGACCCAAUACAACAGUCCAGAAGAAUAAGCUGUUUACAGAAAGAGUAGUGAUGAGACUCUAGCAACCCUCUAUAAAAAUAGAAUAAAAAUAAAGAGAAAGGAUAUAGAAGAUAGGCACUCUUAACAGCAAACCUGGAAUCUACUAACUGCAAUUGCAAUUGAGCAAAACUUUGCCUCAGUCCUGGAAAUUUCGGUGAAGAAGUCAGCAAGUAGUUUCAAAAUAGGCUGCACAGUGAAGUAAAAUAUGAUUUACCUAUUUCAGUUGUGGAGUUGGAAUAAAUGCAAAUAUGUCCUUCAUGAUGGAUGUUUUGUAUAAGCCUUAUUAUGGUAUUAAGCCAGUCUCUCUACAUAAAAUACAUAAAAGAGAUAUUAUACCUCUCCUUGAUCAGUACUGACGCUGCUAUUAAGCAUUCUCAACCCAGACUGCAAUUUUUCAGAAGAUAUUCAUUGACUUUACUAUAACUUUAAAGAUUUCUUUUCCCUUUUUCUGCAAAAUUUGGUGCUCCACCGCUGAAAUUAAUUUAUUUAAGUGCAGAUUUUGGCUACUGUUUUGGCUACUUAAGGAUCUACCUUUGUCUAAAAGAUCUGGAAAGAAUAGGACAACCAAAAUGAAAAGGUCUGCACCAGAGGCAGCCUAAUUCUUAAUUAAAUGGUUCAGAAGUCAAAUAUGUAACAUUUCAGACUAAUUCCUGGAGGCGUUCAGUUAGCUAAAACAAGGAUAAAAUGGAUUUUCAAAUGAGCCUUUAAAAAAAAAUUGUUUGCAUAAUAAGAAUUUUCACUGCCCAUAUUGACUAGAUUUGCACAUUACAUUAAAUUGUGGUUUACUGAACCAUGAUUUGUUGUGGCUGAAUUCAGACAUGCUAAACUAAAGUUAAAAGCUUAUUGUGAUCUUAACAAAGGGUGGCAGAGCCUUUUUGUCUGCAGAAGCUUCUAUGUUUUUCUUCCUUGGCUUCUCCUUCUUAGAGACUAAAAGUAAAAUCCGAAAAAGUAAAAUAGAUUGGGCUAGAUGGAGGAGUGUGAUCUGGUAAAUGUUCGUUCCUAUCUUCUUCAGCUACAGAAUCCCAUCAUCCCCAGCCAGGAACGAACUGCCUGACUUAAUGCAGUACAAAUCUGCUCCAUGUUCUGCAUCUGAAGGCAGCUUUCUGACAACCCUUCAUCCUCUUUCCUCCUCGCUCAGCAAAAUUUGCCCUUUCAAGUGUUUUUCAUAUGGUUUGGGUUCCAGCAAGGAUGUUUAUAAAGGGAAUUUAAGUGUGCACAAAUUGUAUCAGUUUUGCAUUUCCUUCUUAAAUGUACAUCUCUGCUCUAUUCAAGGUCGACGGUGGAUUUUAUUAAAAAUUGUCCAUUUCCCUAGUUCAAGUUUUAUUAAAAGUAUAAUUGUGGUAAGAUUAGUUAUGUGUAGCAUUUCAUUUCAUGCCACAAUGGCCAUCAAGUGACUAUUUCUAGCAAAUG